UGGAUCUCGCGGUGUUUGCGCGAGACUGCUUCCUUACUUCCUCCCUUGCUAGUCCGCCUGUCUUCCUCCCCCUCUUUUCCCUCCCCCCGGCCUCUCCCUCCUUCCCCAGCUGGCCCCCUCCCCGCAGGGAUAAUAUGGUCUCCGGCGAUGGACGCCCCAAGUGCAGGAUACGGCUUUGAGUACCUUAUUGAAACAUUAAAUGACAAUUCACAUAAGAAGUUCUUCAAUGUAUCUAAACUUGGAGGCACCAAGUAUGAUGUUCUGCCUUACUCGAUACGGGUCCUAUUGGAAGCUGCUGUACGAAAUUGUGAUAACUUUUUAAUGAAAAAGGAAGAUGUUAUGAACAUUUUAGACUGGAAAACCAAACAAAGCAAUGUUGAAGUGCCCUUUUUCCCUGCCCGUGUUGUUCUUCAAGAUUUUACUGGAAUACCGGCAUUGGUGGAUUUUGCUGCUAUGAGAGAGGCAGUGAAAACUCUUGGAGGUGACCCUAAGAAAGUCCAUCCUGCCUGUCCAGCCGAUCUUACAGUUGACCAUUCUUUACAAAUUGACUUCAGUAAAUGUGCAAUACAGAAUGCGCCAAAUCCUGGAGGUGGUGACCUGCAGAAAGCAGGAAAGCUCUCUCCACUUAAAGUACAGCCUAAGAAGCUCCCCUGCAGAGGCCAGACUACCUGCCGAGGAUCAUGUGAUGCUGGAGAACUAGGCCGGAACUCAGGAACAUUUUCUUCGCAGAUUGAGAAUACACCCAUCCUGUGUCCUUUUCAUUUGCAACCAGUGCCUGAACCUGAAACAGUGUUAAAAAAUCAAGAAGUAGAAUUUGGCAGAAAUCGAGAGAGGCUUCAGUUUUUCAAGUGGAGUUCAAGAGUUUUUAAGAAUGUAGCUGUAAUCCCUCCUGGAACUGGAAUGGCUCAUCAAGUAAACUUAGAAUAUUUAUCAAGAGUGGUUUUUGAAGAAGAGGACCUUCUUUUUCCAGACAGUGUAGUUGGCACAGAUUCACAUAUAACCAUGGUCAAUGGUUUGGGAAUUCUGGGAUGGGGGGUCGGAGGCAUUGAAACAGAAGCAGUUAUGCUUGGUCUACCAGUUUCUCUUACUUUACCGGAAGUGGUUGGAUGUGAGUUAAUUGGGACAUCAAAUGCCUUCGUUACAUCCAUAGAUGUUGUUCUUGGCGUUACAAAGCACCUCAGGCAAGUAGGAGUGGCUGGAAAGUUUGUUGAGUUUUUUGGAAAUGGAGUUUCACAAUUAUCUAUAGUUGAUCGAACUACAAUAGCAAACAUGUGUCCAGAGUAUGGUGCUAUCCUCAGCUUUUUCCCUGUUGACAAUGUGACAUUAAAACAUUUAGAACAUACAGGUUUUGACAAAGCCAAACUCAAGUCAAUGGAAACAUACCUUAAAGCUGUGAAAUUGUUUCGAAAUGAUAAGAAUUCUUCAGGAGAACCUGAAUACUCCCAGGUGAUCCAGAUUAAUCUCAAUUCAAUAGUUCCCUCUGUUAGUGGUCCAAAAAGACCUCAGGAUAGAGUUGCUGUGACAGAUAUGAAAAGUGAUUUCCAGGCUUGCUUAAAAGAAAAGGUUGGAUUUAAAGGCUUCCAAAUUGCAGCUGAAAAACAAAAUGAUAUUGUCUCCAUUCAUUAUGAAGGAAGUGAAUACAAGCUGUCCCAUGGGUCAGUGGUCAUUGCUGCAGUUAUUAGUUGUACAAAUAAUUGCAAUCCAUCUGUCAUGCUUGCUGCAGGUCUUUUGGCUAAAAAGGCUGUUGAAGCUGGUCUGCAUGUUAAACCUUAUAUAAGAACAAGUUUAUCUCCAGGCAGUGGGAUGGUGACACAUUACCUCAGUUCAAGUGGAGUAUUGCCGUACCUUAGUAAGCUUGGAUUUGAAAUAGUUGGCUAUGGAUGUUCAACAUGUGUGGGAAAUACAGCACCCUUAUCAGAAGCAGUUUUAAAUGCAGUAAAACAGGGUGAUUUGGUUACCUGUGGAGUUUUAUCUGGAAACAAAAAUUUUGAAGGUCGCCUCUGUGAUUGUGUUCGUGCCAAUUAUCUUGCCUCUCCACCCUUAGUGGUAGCUUAUGCCAUAGCAGGCACAGUGAAUAUAGAUUUCCAGACAGAGCCUUUAGGUACUGGCCCUGCUGGCAAAAACAUUUACCUGCAUGAUAUUUGGCCUAGUCGAGAAGAAGUUCAUCAGGUAGAAGAAGAAUAUGUUAUACUAUCCAUGUUUAAAACAUUAAAAGAGAAAAUAGAGAUGGGAAAUAAACGGUGGAAUUCCUUAGAAGCACCAGAUUCAGUUUUGUUUCCAUGGGACUUAAAGUCUACUUAUAUCAGAUGUCCUUCAUUUUUUGAUAAACUUACCAAAGAGCCAGUUGCACUCCAGCCUAUUGAAAAUGCCCAUGUCUUACUAUAUUUGGGAGACUGUGUUACAACAGAUCAUAUAUCACCUGCUGGAAGCAUCGCUAGGAAUAGUGCUGCUGCUAAGUAUUUGACAAACAGAGGCCUUACCCCUCGAGAAUUCAACUCUUAUGGAGCCCGAAGAGGUAAUGAUGCUGUGAUGACAAGAGGCACUUUUGCAAAUAUCAAGCUUUUUAAUAAGUUUAUUGGAAAGCCAACUCCCAAAACAAUUCAUUUUCCAUCAGGACAGAUGCUAGAUGUAUUUGAGGCUGCAGAGCUAUACCAGAAAGAAGGUAUUCCACUGAUUAUUUUAGCAGGAAAAAAAUAUGGUUCAGGAAACUCAAGAGACUGGGCUGCCAAAGGACCAUAUUUACUGGGUGUAAAAGCUGUUUUGGCUGAAAGUUAUGAAAAAAUACACAAAGAUCAUUUGAUUGGAAUUGGCAUAGCUCCACUACAGUUCCUUCCAGGAGAAAAUGCAGAUUUCUUGGGCCUCUCUGGCAAAGAAACAUUUUCUUUAACAUUUCCUCGAGAGCUGUCUCCUGGGAUUACAUUAAAUAUUCAGACAAGCACUGGAAAAGUGUUCAGCGUGAUUGCUUCGUUUGAAAAUGAUGUGGAAAUAAUGUUGUACAAACAUGGAGGAUUAUUAAACUUUGUGGCACGAAAAUUCUCAUAGUAUCUACUCACCAUGGGUACCUUCCAUAACUGGUAGCUGUGAAGCCUUUUCUGCUGGACCCAGGAAUCCUUACCAUGGAGCUGCAGAUAGUCCCAGUAUACUCACUUAUCUCCUCCAUGGAUGUAAAUGAUUAUGAAUCAAAGUAGUGACUGAAAUGAAAUCUUCUUGAUUUUAAAUAAUACACGAAUGGUGCUAUUAACAUUGCUAAAAUCAACAUGUGAAGUGUGUUGUGGAAGAGACCUGUAAGUAUGGGGGGGAGAUAUUUUAUCAGACCAUUUUGUAAAUAAAGGCAGAUUUGAACUUGUGUUGAAGAUUCUUAUACAUGUUUGAAUAACCUUCCUGAAGUUAGUUUUGCACCUAUAAAACUGUACUACUGUUUGUUGGUUAAGAGUAGCACAUUGAAAUAUAAGAAGCCAGAUUAUGACUCUAAAAUGAUUGGCAUUGGAAUCUGAUUUAUAAAUGGGUUUUUAUUGAUUCUUUUUCAGAAUUGAGCUGGACACAUUUGGCUUUUUUAGUUUGUCAUAUAAGUCAGGUUUAUCCUCAGUCUUGGUCUAACUAUAAGUGAUAAAACCUGCCCCACAUCAUAAUCAUUCUGUCUAAUCCAGCCAAAGUUUCCUCCACAUCUGAAGAUGAACCACGGUAUUAGCAAUGGAAAUACAGUCGAAUCUCUGUAAGUUACUGCCCAAGGGACUGUAGGAAACUGGUCAACAUACAGAGGUGGUCAACAUAAGGAACUAGGCCUACUGUAUAUGUGGUACAUGUCUGGUAAACUUAAGGAGAUGGCCAAAUAUGGAGGUUCAAUAUGUAUUAUGUGUGAUACAGCCCUUAAUUUUUUAGUAAUUUGCCACUGUGACCCUCUGGCAAUCUUCAAAUGGCAUUAUAUUAAUUGGGUUAAAAGUAUUUUGCUUACCCUGUGUGAUACUAUAAUUUCCUAUAACCUAAUAUUUUAGAUAUUAUUAACUACAAUUCCACACUCAUUUUAUAGUUGAUAAGAAUUCAUUUAAUCAUUAAACUCUAAACUGAUUUACUCUAGACUUUUAAAUUAUCUACCCUAAAUUAUAUAGGUGCUUAACCCUAAGCAUUUUUUAAGUGUUGCUAUUUCUUAAUUAAAUUGAUUUCCUGUCAUUUUCAAUCAUUAUUUUACCUGGGAUGCAUGAUUCUAAUAGUUUUGUUACAUUACUGUUUUAACCAAAGCUAACUGUAAGGAUAAAACACUUAAGUGUUGCUGUGUCAAUACCAUAUAGUCUCGGUAUGUGUCUGUCCACCACAUGAAAUGUUUUGUCAAAAAGACAUUGGCAUCUUUAAAAAGAAAAGUUGAGUAAUUAAUUCCAGAAGGUUCUAUACCUUUUUGAAACUAAGCAGUUAAACUUAGCAGGGUAAAGGUUAAGUAUAGUGAUUUUUUUUUUUUUUGAUAUGACCUACUUAAUGUUACUGCAUUUCAGAAUUAGCUCACAUUGCAGAGUAAAGAAUUAUUUGUUUUAAGCUAAAAUGCUGAAACUACCAAACCAGUGGAUGAACACCACUGAGAACUUUGUACAUAAUCAAUCACUCUUUUGAAAAUAUUUUGCAAAUAUGUGCUUAGACAAAAAGAUGGACUAGAGAAUAUUUUCUUGGGUACUUUCAAGUUAUAUUGUGUUUUCAAUAUAUGCUGUAUAUCUGUCAGUGCACGUGUUUUUAAUUUAUAGGAAAACAUGAGUUAGGGAUGGAGAUCUUAACAAAUUCAGUGUUAAGAUACCCGUUAUGUGCUUUGAAAAAAAAAAAAAUGGUAAUUCCCGAUGGUAUGUGGGGGGAGAAUCUAUUAUUAUUUUGAAGGCAUGCUCUAUACCAUGUAUAUAGUCCAUGGGCAGAGGCACAGGCAUUCAUCUUUAACAUUGGAUCCAGGAGACAAUGAUAAAGCCAGCUAGCUGUGAAUUUAACAUUUACAUUUCCAGUCUACCUAGUCUAAUAAUAAUACAAGUAAAUCUUGUAUUUCAGGAACAAAAAGUUCUCAUUUUUUGCUCAUAUACAAUGAACCAAAUGUUUAACAAACAUGGUUUUAAGUUGGGAAAGAGUGAUGGAUGUAUGGUCCAAUGUGUCUAACUAAUAAUUGUAUUUCUAGCCAAAUGCUGUAUUUGCAAAAAUCUGGCAUCUGUUGGUUUUUUUUUUUUUUUUUGUCUUAGCUACUUUUUUUUUUAUUGUCUUAUCUACUUUGUUGACUGUAUCUAGAUAAUUUUCUGUUACCAAAAAAAUAAAUAAAUAAAAAUUUUGUGAAAAGAAAGUGUAAGCGGCACACACACAAAAAGCAAGUAAGUGUUGUGAGAUUAAAGUACAAACUUAAAGGUUUGUUACAAACAGCAACAUUUUAAAGAUCUUUUUAAAACACAAUGCUACAUAUCAUUGCCAUUUUCAUACCUUUGGCUUUUGCUACUCCUAUAAAAUCAGUGAAAAUGUUAUCCAGCCACUGAAUUGCCAUUAUUACACCUAAAAAGUUUGUAAGAGGGCAGUUGUCAUUGUUUCUGUUUUAUCUUCAUGUUGGUACUUGAAUAUGGGAGGUAUUAAAAUCCCUCUAGUCACAUUGUUCAGUUUUUUGCUGGUAAUCAAACUGCAGUUGUAUUUAAAAGGAAGAAAGUAAAGCUAAGCCAUACAUCAGAAUCACAGUUGAUCGAAAUAUGAUUACACUGUUGAGUGCAUUUGUCUUCUCUCAGUGAUGAGUGACAGAAUGAGGCAAAAUUAUUUGAGUGACAUUUUUCUGUGGUUAAAUUAAAAGACACCUUUCUUUUGCCUUUAGGUUUAGAAGAUACUAAGAGACUGGAUAUUGAGCCUAUCUUAGUUUGAUUUGGAAUAAUAAGGAGAGGAGAAGGGAUGGACUUUGGCUUUUUCAGUGUUUUUCCCCCCCAAAGGAUGAUAGUGUCAAUGUUUAUUUAUAUCAAUUAUACACAUAAUAUGUGGCUAUGAAACCAUAUAUCUCAAGUAACUACAAAUCAUUGUCUAUUAUUUAAAGCCAACAAAACAGUGUAACAGUUUUAAGUUCAAUAAUGUUAAGUAUUGUAUAGAAAUAUAUUGGAGGCAAGUUCAGUUGAUGACAAUUGUGUAUACAUUACUGAUGCUGUAAAUUAUUUUUAAUAAAGAAAAUUGUAUUAUCA